GCGGGGCCUGGGGGCGUCCGGCUGAGGCCUGGGGCACAGGGUGGUGGGCGGGUCCGCGCAGCAACUCUGCGAGAAUUUUGCUUUCGCUUUGGCCCUGGCUGGGGGCGGCGGGGCCGUCCCAGAGCGACUGCGGUCAGGCACCCCGGGAGUUUAUUGGAAAGCGCCGCGAGUUCCGCGGGCCGGCCGGACUCCACGUGUCACGGAGAAACUGAUGUAGAGAGAGAAAAAAAUAAGGGACCAGAGUCCUGGUCUCUUGGGAAAGUCCUGCCGCGCCUCGGGCAAUUAUAAAAAUGUGGCUGGCCGGGUCAGCCUCCCAGACACCGCCCUCACCUGCUGUGGCCACAGGUCCGCAUCCAGCCGCCCGCUCCGUGUCCGCGCAGUGCCGGCUCAGCAUGUGUCCCCCGCGCAGCCUCCUGCUCGUGGCCUCCCUAGUCCUCCUGGACCACCUCAGCUUGGCCAGGAGCCUCCCCAGGACCACGCCAGGCCCAGAAAUGUUCCAGUUCCUUCAGCAUUCCCAAAACCUGCUGGGAGCUGUCAGCACCAUGCUGCAGAAGGCCAACCAAACCCUAGAAUUUUACUCCUGCACUUCUGAAGAGAUUGAUCAUGAAGAUAUCACAAAAGAUAAAACCAACACAGUGUGGGCCUGUUUACCACUAGAAUUAACCAAGAAUGAGAGUUGCCUGGCUUCCAGAGAGACCUCUUUCAUAAGUAGUGGGAGUUCCCUGACCUCCAGAGAGCCCUCUUUCAUGAAGACCCAGUGCCUUAGCAGUAUCUAUGAGGACUUGAAGAUGUACCAGGUGGAGUUCAAGGCCAUGAAUGCAAAGCUUUUGAUGGAUCCUAAGAGGCAGAUCUCUCUAGAUCAAAACAUGCUGGCAGUUAUUGAUGACCUCAUGCAGAUGUCUCAGAAACACACUCCUAGACCGCAGCUUCAAGAGACCCAAGCAAUCAUCCGUCUGCUGGUUUCUAAGAGGCCCUGCCAGGAGCAGGUCAGGGCCCAGCAGGGUCCUCAAUACCCCCUGAGAAGCACUUUCCCCUCAGUGACCCCCACAGGAACAGCUCCACUUUUCAGUGCUUUAAGAAUGCUGGUUUCAGGUAAGAUUUCUCUCCAUGGCUCAGGAAAAAUUUAAAACUCACUGAACUACUCCAAGUACUUUCCUAUAAUUGUUUUGAUAAGCAACAGAAUGAUCUUUUAGUUUUCCAAGCUUGAUCGAAAAGAAAAUACUACCAUAAAUUCUUAGAGCAUCUUCCCUUCUGGAAAUAAAAAUCAUGCCAGGGGUUACAACAAACAAUAAUGGAUUUCUGUAACAUAAAAGUGACUGACUAACCUGAGGAUUCCUACCAAGGAAUUUAUAUCAGGAUUGGAAUAAGUUAGAUCUAAAUCCACAGUGGGCUCCAGGGUGGACUUGGAGGUCCCAGCUAAGCAGCAGGGGAACCUUGGAACUCAGAGCCCAGAACUCAACCCCAGAGCCUGAAUGUUAGCAUCAGCACUUGCAGAGCCAUCAUCAGUAGUUCUCAUACCCUGGGCACGUGGGAAGAGAGGCCUGCAACUGUCUUCUGAAAAACCAGGACCCCAGCAGUGAAUCCUGUUACCCAGCCAGGAUGAAGCCCUUCAGCAGGCAGUGUGCAGCUUCACCCGGGGGAGGACUUCCAGAAAAUGGGAAAUGGGUUAGGCCAACUGUUGGAAACCACCAUUGUCAUGGGAACACAUCUGAAAAACUGUGAUGGGCUCUUUAGAGAAUGGAGUGAAAUGUACUUCCACAUAAAAAAGCAGAGGAAGAAACUUUUCCCCUAAAGCAAUACAACAAAAUUACCUAAUGAGCCCUGUGAUGUACAGAAAAAUCCUGAAGAGAGAGAUGCACAGGUGAGGGACUCACAUGAAUCCACCUGUUUUAAAUAAAAACACACCUUCCCACCCCCGGAGGGGAGGAAAGGGUAAUCCUUCCUGUGGUGAAAGGCCUAGGAGGACAUGCAUGUUGUCCUAAACCUGUGCAAGCACCUGGUGAACUAGUUUACCCCGGUUUAUAGUCACUCAGCCUUAAUCCAAGAACCAGAGGGCUGAGAUCAAAACCAGCUGUUACCCAGAGACCCAAGGGGACAACAAUCAAGUAACAGGAUGCUUUACAAAAUAACGUGCAAGUGAAUAUGAACACAGAGAAGACACACGAGCACUGUGACAGGCAGGUUUAUUUUUCUUCCCUUCAUCCAUAAUUUAUGGUUCCUUCAAAUAGAUCAAACAAAACAUAUCCAAAUUGUUAAUCACCACUGGCAUGAUGCUGGGAUCAUAACAAUAUUUACAAGGACACCACAAUACAUUUCACCAACGAACAAGAGCCAAUGUGGCCCAUUAUUCCCUGUGGCAACGCUUCCUUAAGAAGAAAAGGAAGUUUUUCCUUGGUUCUGCUAAAGCCAUUUCUGAGCCUUAGUAGCAUCCUCACCCCACCCCCUCCAGGAAAGUAAAUGAUGCCAGGGUGAAAGUCAAGAAAGUAGUGUUUGGCCAGUUGAACUUCUCCAUUGAGGUGAGACACGUUUGAGCCUGCACGCCAUCACUGCAUGGUGGGAGAGAAUUACAUUCCUUUCCAAUCUUGAGGCCUCUGUAUCCGAGCAGUGGAGGGCAGGAACCUCACUAGCCCUCCUGGAAGAGCAGCCCCAGGGAGUUCAGAAAGCUCCCCCACCACGCCUGAGAAGCACCCAGAGAGAUCAGGACACGUUCACUUUUGAUAUGACCUUUUGCAAUAAUUAUGUUCGUUUGAAUGCUUUA